AUGGUAGCCGUCAUCCCCUCCCGCUGGUUCUCCGCCCUCUGGCCGUGCCUCCUCGUAGUCGUCUGUCUCUCGUCAGCUGCCUCGGCUGCCUCGCCGACCUCCACCUCGCCGACCUCUUCCUCUACCACAGCCAAUUCGACGGUCACCCCCGCCCCCACCUCGUAUUCCCUGGCGACAAGCUAUGUUACGAUCGCUACGACCAUUCUCUCCAACAACCAGAACAUCUCCGUAUCUACCGUUCUGCCUGUCGUUUACAAUGCGACCGUCACCUCAAAUACAACCGCUAAUGCCUCGCAGACGACCAACGGUACCACAGCCUCUGGGAGUGCAACUCCCACCCCGAUCGUCUUGGACACGACGAUAGACCCCGCUUUCGGCGUACUGGGAGCGUUGCUCAUAUUAACAGGUUUGCCCUGCGUCUUCCUUGGACACAAGAAUCGCUGGACUUCGUUCUUUCUCAUUGGCGUGUAUUCGUUCGCUUUGGUUUGUCUUGUCCUUAUCCUGCGAUUCGGCGUCCUUGAAGCCGUUAAUCCUCCAAGCAAGACCGUCCGCGGUUUGUUCGUCCUAGCUUGCGGCGUCGCCGGAAUAGCAGGAGGAGGGAUUGCAAUAUUCUUUUGGCAGGCUACAAAGUUUUUCAUCGGCGCUUGGGGCGGGUUCGUGGUUGCCUUGUGGAUACAAUGCUUCAAAGCAGGCGGGCUGAUAUCACCGAUUGGCUUCCGGUGGAUUUUGUACAUAAUUGUCGCUGCAAUCGGUUUUAUACUGUGCACAAUUCCGAAGAUCCACUAUCAUAUUCUGUUACUGUCAACCGCUUUUGUGGGCGCUACUUCAUUGAUCUUGGGCAUUGACUGUUAUACAACUGGAGGGCUGAAGGAGUUCUAUAUGUGGAAUCUCGGCUUCACUUCGUUGUUCCCCAAAUACACAGACAACGGUAUCAAAUUUCCAAUCACUCAAACGAUGGAAAUCGAGCUUGGUCUUAUGGGUGCAGUCUCCCUCAUGGGUAUCGCUGUUCAGUUCCAGGUGUUCAACGUACUCCGACGCAAAUUAAAGGAAAUUCAGGCGCAGACUCGGCAACAAGACGAGGAAGCUGAGAAGCGUGCCGCGCUUGGUCUCGCCGAUAUGGUGCGUGAGAAGGAGGAAUGGGAACGUGACCAUCCUACACUCCUAAAGCAUGGCCGCAAGGAGAGUGGAUUUUCGUCGCUGAUGAAGGAUGGAAAAGAUGGAGACAGGCUGACGCCCUCUACGGAUGAUCAUCGAGCGUCUACGCUGAUCGACACGCCUCGCGAGAGGUAUCAGUCUGGUGUCUCAGACUUCCUUGCCGCGGCUCGUCCAUCGGAGGACAUGAAUCGAUCCGUAACCAAGCUCUUGCAGAGCCCUGGGGCAUUACCGGUACUCGAUCUGGGUACUGAUAUUGAGACUGACGUUCCCCAGGGUUACAUUGCCGAUUCAGACGAUUCUAAGGUAGCAAAAUCCGGCAAAGGUAGCAGGGAGAAAGGUCGUAGUACGGCGGAGAUGGAAGAUAUCAAGCGCAAGGAGGAGCUUUUGGCCGAAAUACAAACUAUCCGUCGGUCAAUCGAAGUUCUCAAGUCUGAGACACCAGAUCCAUCUAGCUCCUCGAAUUCCCGUCACCCAUCGUUCACUUCCCGGCGUACUUUGAGUUAUGAGCUUGGAGCACUCAGUCCUGCCCCUCAGUCUCACUUACGUCCUCCGAGGCAGAUGGAUCCUCGUGCGCGAGUGCAAUCUAUGGACAUGUCGAAUUUGUCACGAUUGUCGGAUAUUGGGGCGUCCAUCGGAAGGCCAACCAGUGCACCAUUGCGUGACGAUGACUGGGACUCGUAUGUCCGCGAUCGCAAGUUAUUACAGCCGCCUUCCGGCGUCACAGCUCCCAUCCCGACGACACCCAUCAGCCCAUCCAGCGUCCCAGUGUCUCCUGCUAUUGAGGAAGCUCUGAAACAGCGUCAGCUCCUUGAAAGUGCGAUUACCAACGGAGCACCGCCGGAGGUUUCUCCCCGAAGCAUGCGUGAUGCACUCCCUGUGCAGAAGGUUUCUUCAGGCAGCAUACCCGCUGUACUGCGACCGCCCCAACACACUCGGUCCCAAUCACAUGGAGGCCUUCCGGUCACAAUUCUCCCUCCCCGCAAAUUGACUGCAUCGCCUACACCAGAGGAGCCUGAGGUGACGCCGUGGACCACACGGACCUAUGAGGAGCUCGUUGAGCGGCACCGCGAGAAGAUGAAAGAACUCCAGAGCCCAUUGACGCGUGCUGAGCAGGAACAGGUCCAAAUUCAGGAGGCGAAGAGUCGAUGGGAGAGGGCCAGGCAGGCGGAGAAGCAGGCCGUGGCCAAGAGGCAAGCCGAGAAAGCCGCCGCGUAUAGUAAGGAGGAGGGGAAGCACCACAAGACGAGUGAUCAACAGGAUUCGUCAAAGAGGAAGUCGAGGACGCUGCUUGACCAGAAUGGCAAAGAUAGCAGCCACCCACCUUCCCGACCACUUAGCGCGAAUGUCCUUGCGUCUGUGCCCGGAACGACAUCGUCGAAACGUAUGUCGAUGUUAAAGGUCGAAGACUGGCAAAAGCAUCAACAAGACGUUGAGAUGGGCUUCCGUCCCGAUGAACAGCGACGCUCCUCGAGAUCUAAUCGUCCUUCUGACGUUCCCUUCCCAGAGACGCACGGCCGGCCUGUGGAUAGUCGGGACAAACGACGAAUGUCUCAUCGCGGGGCUCUUCCGCGUAAUGAUUGA